AUGAAGAUUCGGGUGAAGCAAUCGACGAUCGUGAAGCCAGCUGAGGAGACACCCACACACAGUCUAUGGCUUUCAAAUUUGGACCUGAUACAAGUGAGACUUCACAUGGGCAUUCUCUAUUUCUACAACCCUUGUUCCUCCUCCAAUCUUCCCACCACUCAAUCCCUUAUCGAUGCUCUCAGCAAGGUUCUUGUCCUCUUCUAUCCUGUUGCUGGAAGGCUCCAAAAGGAUACGAAUGGGAGGUUGGAGGUUCGAUGCAACGGAGAAGGAGUUUUGCUAGUGGAGGCUGAGACCGAUUCUACUCUACAAGACAUUGGCUUGCUUACUCAAAGUUUGGAUCUUUCUCAGCUUAUACCUACUCUUGACUACUCUGGAGACAUCUCCUCUUUACCUCUUCUUCUCCUUCAGGUUACAUAUUUCAAAUGUGGAUCUAUCUGUAUUGGGAAUUCAGUACACCAUACAUUUGGGGCAGCUGCUUCUCUUUCGUUUUUCAUGGAAGCAUGGUCUAGAGCUGCUCGGGGACUUCCAAUUAAUCUUACUCCGUUCUUCGACCGUACUGUUCUUCGUGCACAAAACCCUCCCUCUCCAGUCUUUCCUCACUCUGAAUACCAACCACCUCCCUUUCACAAUCCUCCCGUGAAGUCCCUCGUUUACAGGUCAAAUCUUGAUUCUGACUCUGCAGUUGUCAGUCUCAAGCUCACACGUCUCCAACUGAAAGCUCUUAGAGCCAAGGCAGAGAUUGCUGAUAGUAAAUUCAGCACAUAUGAACUCCUCGUGGCGCAUAUGUGGCGUUGUGCUUGCUUUGCUAAUGAAGAAUUAAGUGAAGAACACUCGACGAGGUUGCAUAUAAUAAUUGAAGGGAGGUCAAGACUAUCACCGAAGCUUCCACAAGGAUACAUUGGGAACACACUCUUCCACGCUCGGCCUAUAUCACUGCUGAGUGAUUUUCGCAGAAAGAGUUUGAGCACAACAGUGGAGAGAGUUCAUGGAGAAAUAAGGAAAAUGGACAACGAGUACUUGAGAUCAGCGGUUGAUUACUUAGAGAGGCUUCCUGAUCUCGAUCAGCUGGUUCCUGGUGAAGGUAAUCCGAUCUUCAGCUGCGCAGCAAACUUCUGCAUUGUUGGUCUACCCGUGCAGACCGUUUACGAAUUGGAUUUUGGAUGGGGAAGGCCUUUUUACAAGAGAGCUUCACAUUUCAAUGAAGGUAAGGGCUUUGUAGGUAGGAGCUUAGACGAAGAAGGGAGCUUUGAGGUGUCCAUGUGCUUAAAGAAGACUCAGCUUGGUAAGUUUCGGAAGCUCUUCUAUGAGUUUCUCAAUGUAUCCGCACUGUGA